AUGCAUGGCCGUCCUCGAGUGUAUGUGCGGUUUCGUCCUUCGGCGGAGGUAAAGCUUCCGGCACUGAAAGGGCCUGGUAUCCCGCCAGGCGCAGGGCAGACAGAGGCCGACAAGCACAUCACGCUGGAAGCUGAGCACACGAUCAAAUUUCCAUGGAAAUCUCAGAAGGACAAAGAUGAGUGGAAGGAGGUCAAGGUGCAAGUGGAUCAUGCAUUUACCGAGGACGCCACGCAAGAUGCUGUUUAUUCUAAGGUUGGUCCCGAGAUGCUUGACUUUGUCCUGAGAGGCUUCCGAGGCCUCAUCUGUACCUACGGAGUCACUGCAUCUGGGAAGACGCACACGAUGCUGGGGAGCGGCGCGGAGGAGGGCUUGGCCCAGCGCCUCAUCGAGGAGCUGUUCCUGCGAGGCCUACCGGACCUCACCGUGAGCAUGCAAGCCGUUCAGCUUCACAGGAGCGACUUCACAGAUCUCGGCCUUGCAGAAAUGCCCAACCUCAAAGAUCUCAAAGUCCAAAGCGGGAACUAUUCGGAUAACACCGGGGCGCAAGAGUUUGAGUUCAAGAGCGCAGAGCCUGCGCUCGUGUGGCUCAAGGAGGUCCUCGGGCGCAAAGCAAAAGCCAAAUCCCGAAGUCACUUUUUGCUGCGCAUGAAGAUCCAGUUCACCUCCAGCGGCGUCGGACUUAGUGCAGUCCUGGAUUUGGCUGACCUCGCGGGAUGUGAGAAGCUGCAUGAGAAGUUGGGCACCGAUGCAAAGAAAGAUCACAUCACCAUUCAGGCAGGCUUGAGCAAUCUUCGGCAUUGCAUCGAAGCCAAGGUGAAAGGCAAGGCGGUGCCAUUCACGUACUUCAGCCUGCCACGACUGCUCGCGCCGGACUUCUGUGGGGAUGCUGGGAUUUCAUUCGUCAUAAACUGUCCGAGCCUUGCGGAUGUCGACAGGAUCCCCGAAACCUCGGAGACGCUGGAUCUGGCGCGGUUCAUUUUGCGGCUGGAGCUCGCUUACAAAGCCCAGAAGGCCACCGUGCACGUGGCAGCUGAAGACCUUUUGAAGGCAGCUGACCACAAGCGCCUUCCAGAGGCCAAAGAGGUGGAGGCCCCCGCAGUGCAGUCCUUUCAGUCCGAGUCUGACAAGGAGAUCAAGAAGCUGAAGAAGAAGCUGGAAAGGAGGAGCCAGGACAUCAAGGAGCUCCGGGCCCAACUCGAAAGCCAGAGGCUGGCCCCACGAAUCGAAAGAUUGAGCAAAGACCUUGACAAGGCCUCUGCAGAAGAUGUUCGGCAGUUGCUGAAAGAGGUUGAGAAGCGAUACCCGGAGAUUCUCCAGCAGGCCUGGCCGCAGUGGGCGGAGCAGUUGGACAAAGGUGACAAAAGCGGCCUCUUGGAGCUCCAGAAGGCUGUGGACCAGCAUGAAGUGCAUCUCCAGUCGCUCCAGUGGCUCCUGCAGCGCAGGGAGGAGGUGCAGAACGGAGAGGAUUUGCCUGAGGAGGUGCAGCAGCUUCGGCGGCAGCAGCUGGCAGCCCUGGACGCUUUGCUGGACUCGACCGGGUUGUCAGCAGAGCGGCGCGCCGACCUCGCGACGGAGGCCGCGCAGCAGCGGGCGCUGGAAGAAAAGUUGCAGAAGAAGCAGGAGGAGCUCACGCAACUGGAGACGAGCUUGCACCUGGCUGGCGCGCGGGAUGAUGGCCCUGUGAAGGCAGAGCUCCUGGAGGACUUGGCAGCCUUCGGAACUGACGAGCUCCAGGAAGCAGUGGAGGGACUCCCAGGGUCCACCUCGACCCUUCAGCACCUGCUCUUGGCGCACCCAUCUUGGAAGCAACGUUUCUACCAACUCGGUGGCCUGGAGAAGAUUCUGGAGAAGAUGGAAAAGACCAAGAAGGUCUUUUAUCAUCAGCGCUUGGCGCAGUGUCUGUGCCGUAUCCUGGACAUGGAGCGGGUCAGCAGGUUUAAUCACGCAGAGAUCGCUCGGCGCCUGGUGCAACAAGUGCUGGACGUCACGACUGGCGUACGCUUUCCCCUUGACGCCAACAGCGAUGAGGCUCGUAUUCUCGACUACAUGACGCUGAUGGAAGCGAUUGCCCAGGACAGGGAUGCUCGGCGGCUCCUGGUACAAGGAGGUGCCGUGCCCGUGGCGUUGAAGUUCGUGCAGCACCGCGCACAAGCCGUGGCAGCUGCGGCCUUGAAUGCCUUGGGACAAGUGGCCAGCGACGCUAGCGGUGCAGAGGAGAUUUCUCUUCCUCCCGAUGCCCUACGCUGGAUGUUGAGUAUUCUUCGCAGCGGCGAGUCUGCAAGAAUGAAGAAAGCAGCUGCUCAGUGCCUGCAGCGGCUCUGCUAUGGCUCCUCCCCCUCGGCACAGGAGCUCCGUAGCAGUUUGGAGAAGGUGGAUGCUGUGCCCCAGCUCCUGGCUGUUGCGCAAAGCUACCAGGCUGCUGAGCAGCAAGUUGGCCGAAACGACGGGGCCGAGGUGGCACGGCAUGUGAAGAACGCAGCCUUGCUCAUGCUGAACGAUCGCAAGAUCUCCGACCCCAGCCACAACGGUCACAAGCGCAUUGUCCUGGAAGCCAUGGCGCACGCCACCGCAAAGUCCUUUGCCAAGGAGAUUGCAUUCAACAAUAUUGCUGCUGGCAUCCAGUGCUACGGGCAUGUCAAGUUGGGUGCUUGGACGGCGCAGCCAGCCACCGCCGGUGGACCCAUAGAGUGUUCUAUGUCGUGGAUGAACCCCAUGUACGCGCUGCGCUUUCCCAAAGGUCGGAAGGUGGCAGUGGCGGUCUCGGUCAUUGAUCCCGAUGCUGAAGCAAGGCGUGAGCAGAUGGCUAGCCAACAGCGCAGCCUCUACCACGUCUCAAGGAUCAUAACAGUCAAGCAUGUGCAAUCUGCACAAGGGGACGAGAAGGAUCACGCAGCCUUCCUGGAAGACCUCGUAGCAAGAGGGUUCAACUCACCGCUUUUUUGGCAAGGCCUGCAAAGCGCAGCCCCUUUCAUGUCUGAAGAUGUAACAGCCCAGCACGUGGAGGAGCUGGACACGGACGAUGUCCAUAUUCUCAUGUUGUCUAUGGGCACUGCACUUCAGGAAAAGCGAUAUGUGGUCAGCGUGUGUGCGGAUGAUCAACUAGAGCUCGUGCCUUUGUCCACCGAAGGGUGGCAGAGGCGCAGCUUUGUAGGACAGUGGCGCGGCUCAGUACCCAGAUCCGCGCAGUCCAUGACGCAGCUUCAGCCUACUUUCCCGCAGCUAAUCCUGACAAAUGCGGCCACUUCCUCUGCAAGUGUAUGCUUCAUUCUCUCCUUCAGCACGAAAGACGAGAAGCACGUAAAGAAGCAUUCAUGGCACGAGGAAGACGACGAUGAUAGUUUCGAUGGGUCUUGCCCGGAUGAUUCCUACCCAUUGCUCGACAUGCAGCUUUUCGAUAUAGGCAGGCACCCGAUUCAACGGUACGUUGGUGAUGGGGCAGCUGUCGCCAAGAAUCGGAAAGCAUCCAAUCAUUGGGUGGCGCUGGGCGCACAGUUGCCACCAUGUAGCACCCAUAGUUUGGUGAUGAGCAGGUGCUGGGGUCGAGCACAAGAGCAUGCGGAAAAGGCGGAAUUCCAGUCGUUUCGGUUGCUGGUGCUGUCCGACUGUGAGUUAGAGAUGCAGCCGGUUCGUUGCAGCAACGAGUGGCGCGUGGCAACAUCAGAGCUGCUGCGGAUUCAGGAAACGACAUCCGCAACACUGAAGCUGCAACUCAAGGAUGGCUCAGAAGCUUCUCAGACACCACAGAAACCGGAAAAUCCAGUGAAGUUGCAGGUCAUAACCUGUGCAGAUGAUGAGUCCCCUGCUUACAUGAUGGUGCAAGCCCUGCCUGUCAACAGCAAAGCGGAAGUCGAGCCACUAGUGUGCCCUGUAAAGGAUGGCAAACGCGUUUAUCUGUCUCCAGAUGUGCACAAUGAGUACAAACUCAGCAGUGGUGAAUGGACAGUCAACAUCGACUUCCACCCACAAUGCAAACCCGGUUUCUUGCUCGGCGUGCGCGUCUUCAGCUUGUGCGAUGCGGAGUUGCAGUGGCUGACCACACCGGAGCCUUCGAAUGUCGUUCCACGCAACGAUGCAGAGAAGAGCUUCAUCGAUGACUUUCAGACAAAGCUUCCAACCUGGCAUAGCCCCCACACAGAAGUUGACUUGAAGGUUGAAGACUCCGUCUUCCCGCCCGUACCGAAGCAACGGCCCCAAGACAAAGAGAUGAUCUCGGUUAGCAUGGCUUAUUUGCAGCGCCUGCAUCGCCGGGCCCGGCGAGACCAGUGCAACCAGGCAGACGACUAG